AGUCGAAUGGGAACACGUAAUGAAAUUGUAACCUAAAUUUCACGUUCUUGGUUAUGUUUGUUAAAUUUCUAAUUUUUCCAAUUCACUAAUAUUUUGAAGCAAUUUUUCCUCAAUUUAUAGUUUUUAUCAACUCAGAUAUAGUAGAUAGUAUGGUUUUUUGUGCUAAAUUCAGCUGAAACGAAAUAAUUUCCUAGUGUUUACAAGCAUAUGAACUGAUAGAUUGAACUAUGAUUAAAGCAAUUUUAGUGUUCAAUAAUCAUGGAAAACCAAGAUUAUCUAAAUUUUACAAGUAUUUCAACGAGGAUAUGCAACAGCAGAUAAUAAAGGAAACCUUCCAACUAGUGUCUAAAAGAGAUGACAAUGUCUGCAAUUUUCUAGAGGGUGGAAGUUUGAUUGGCGGCUCGGACUACAAACUAAUCUACCGACAUUACGCCACUCUAUACUUUGUGUUCUGUGUCGACUCGUCAGAAUCUGAAUUAGGCAUAUUAGAUCUUAUCCAGGUAUUCGUAGAAACUCUGGACAAGUGCUUCGAGAAUGUAUGCGAACUGGAUCUUAUUUUUCACGUUGAUAAAGUGCAUUAUAUUCUCAAUGAGCUAGUGAUGGGCGGAAUGGUUCUGGAGACGAAUAUGACUGAAAUACUCUCCCGAAUCGAAGAUCAAAAUAAGUUGGAAAAACAAGAGUCGGGCCUAGCGGCAGCCCGUGCCGUGUCGGCUGUGAAAAGCAUGAACCUACCGCAGCAGCUGAAGGACAUGAAACUGCCCGACCUGCCUCAGGCCAUCAAGGAGUUCAAAUUCUGACGCCAGACAUCCGAGACCCAAACCAUGCUAGCCAACCACCAGUGGGCACACUACACCUCGUGAUAGUUCCCACAAUCCACAAACACUCCUCAAAACAACAAAUGUAGUUUAGAAACAAUCAAGUGAGCAUGAUAGUUUGCAGUUUGCACACCGGGAUCGUUGACUGUAUUUUUUCCACAAUAAUUGAGUUGAGAAACAGUCCUGUUAAGUUUAAAAUCAACUAGUUUAGAAAAAAUCAACUGAACAUGAUAGUUGACAGUUUGCGCUCCAGGAUCGUUGACUCUAUUUUAUCCAUAAUUGAGUUGAGAAACAGUCCUGUUACGUAUUAAAUCAACCAGUUUAGAAACAAGCAACUUCAAUUGAACAAAGUCUAUAGAAAGAGUUCUAGACACCAAUGUAAUCAUAUUGAUGCUAUUUUAGCAGCACAUUUCAAAAUUUAAUCUCAACUCUCUUGUAAACUAGAUAGCUUCAAUAUGGCCGUUUUGCAAUGCAUCAUUAGAUGGUGUCUCGACCUCUUAUUAUAGACCUUGGAAUUGAACAAGAUAGUUCGCAGUUUGCACACCUUGAUUGCUGGCUGCAUUUUUCCCACCAUUGAUUUGAGAAACAGUCCUGUUGUGUUUGAAAUCAACUAGUUUAGUUCACAACAUUUUUUUCAAACUUGUUAACUCGGAUAUUAGGCCUACUGACUGUUCUUUUUUCGGGGGCACUUCACUUUGAUUACACCAGUAAUAUCGAUAGUAUCAUAUUUCAGUAUCGGUUCUUGAUACGACCUUACUAACCUCACUUGUUUCUAAAUUAUUCAAUAUCCAAUCAAUCAUUUAGGAUUACACAAAUUGAGAAAAGUACCACAUGCUCAAGUCCUAAAACGUUUCAUUUCCAAUUUAUACAAAAGUCCAAAUGUAACUAGGUAUCGAUAUAAGUGAUCUCUGGUGCACUCAAAGUAAAGUCUAGCCCUUUUUUUCCCAAUUUUCUUCAGUUCAGAAACAAUCCUAUUGAGUUUAGAAAUCAUCAGCUUGAAUUGAUGAUUCUAAUCACACUAAAAAGUGGCAUUAAAUAAUAAACAUAAUAGUUGAUCAUUUGAACACCAGUCAUCUAAUCUUUCUUUAGUGACUAUAGAGACAAUGUGGACAACGAGCCGUCAACCACUAUAUUAUUAAUAAAAAUCGACAUCAAUCUGUAUUAUUUUAUAUGAGCACCGAAAUGUUGCUAAAUUUAUCUCAAGUUGAGAUAUUUUUUCAAGUAGAAAUACCAAUGAAAAUCUUGGAAAUUAGUCUUGGUGAAAUUAUUCUCUUUCAUUAAUACUCAUGUAUCAACAUAAAGAAAAAAAUAGAGAACGUUUUCAAUUCACGUUGUUUGGGGUAUUAGAGAUGGUAAUUUUGUCCCAAAAUGGCGGCUGACUGCUCGUGUCCACACUGUCAUUCACAGUAAUUCACUGUCAUUCAUUCAUUCAUUCACUCACUAUCAUUCAUAGUCACAUUUCUUCAGAAUCCUUGUGUUGGAAACCCGUCCUGUUUAAUUUGGAAACUGACAUCUCCAUUUGAGAAGCGGUAGAUCUAUAUUACACGUAUUUUUUUGAUACUAUCUACUAGUUUGUAGUUAUUUGUGAGAGAACUGACCGAUGUAAGAUGUAUCUGUUCUAUGGUUCCUAGUUAUCUUUCUAAAGACCGAUUAAAUUACUGUCAAACAAGGCUGUAUCACUGAUUCUCAAUUAAGGCCUUCCUUUGAUUUGGUUUCGAAUUUCCACAAUUAAUCGAAAUAAAAUUAGUUACUGUUUUAAAAAAAUAUAUAAAUCUGAGUACCCUUUAAAUUAUUAAAGUAAAUUUUUAGUUACUGUUAUGUUUUCUUUGAUAACAAAGUAUCUUAUCACUCCCAUAUGUUUCCAACUGAAAAAUUAAUUAUAAUUUCUGUGAAUAUUCAAGGAAUUUUCUUAUUGUCUUAGUUCUAUUAAUUUUCUUACUAGAGCUGUCUAUUUCCAAUAGAGAUAAAUUAUUUUUGUAAACUUGUUUAAUCAUUUCUAUGUAGUUGUAUAUUCCGGGAAUCUAUUAUUGUCUUAAUCUAUGCCUUUUCUUACUAAACUACCAGUAUAUUUUCAACAUCAAGAUAGAUUAUUUUUAUUAACUUGUACUAUUGAAGAAUUUUGUACAGCUUAUUGUUGUCUAUUCUAUUAAUUAUACUCGACUGUCUAUUUCUAACUGCAACUUGAAUCAUUUCCAUGUAUUUGUAUAUUCAAGAAAUGUUGUAAUGCUUAUUAUUGUCUAUUCUAAUCAUUUUCUUGUAGAAGGAUAUGUUCUUUCAACAUUCCAUUAUCUCAAUAUUAAACAUUUAUUACUUGCUGUAAUUCAAUGCUUGCUUAUUCUUUAUAGAAUAUAAAUUAUACAUUUAUUUAUAUAAAUGAAUGGAAUAAAAAAUAAUCAUAUUACUCUCUGAUUCACAAUCCAUGUCUAGUGCAAUACUCUUAGUUUUUAAUUCAAUCAGGCUCUCUUGUUUCAAUUCAUAAAUUAAUUAUAUAAUCGUAAAAUACUAUUUUCUAUUAUUCAUCAGAUUUCAUUGUUUGUCAAUUAUUACAAAUUAAAUUUCAACUAUUUCAAAAAAUUGCAUUUAUAAAAUGAUUCUUCAAAAAGUCUCAGCAAAGCAUACUUUGGUUGCUUUUUACCAUUCAUUAAUGGGAAUCGUUAUGAUUAGUUCACCAAAGCGUGCUUGGCGAAAAAGUUCUCAAGAUAUUUUAUC